CAAACACGGAUGCUGUACAUACGGGUGUGCAUACAUUGUCACGAGCAUACGCGUCGUAGCUAUGUUCGUUCAAGAGAGUGGGGGGCCGGGCCUUGGCAGCGGGGGGCGCGCCGGCCUCCAUGGCCGCGCACCGAGCCCUGCAAUUCUCAGGGUGGUGGUCGUUGAUGAGGCCAGCGUGGGGAGGUCGUGCCUGGCUGUCAGGUGUUGCAAGGAGGGAGGUCGAUGAGAGCCAGGAGCCCGCAUCGGCGCCACGUUCAUGACGCAUGUGGUGAGCCUCGAGGGCUGCGAGGUGAAGCAAGGAGAUGUGGGACACGGCCGGGCUCGUUCCCGACUGUCAGGUGUUGCAAGGAGGGAGGUCGAUGAGAGCCAGGAGCCCGCAUCGGCGCCACGUUCAUGACGCAGGUAGUGAGCCUCGAGGGCUGCGAGGUGAAGCAAGGAGAUGUGGGACACGGCCGGGCUCGUUCCCGACUGUCAGGUGUUGCAAGGAGGGAGGUCGAUGAGAGCCAGGAGCCCGCAUCGGCGCCACGUUCAUGACGCAUGUGGUGAGCCUCGAGGGCUGCGAGGUGAAGCAAGGAGAUGUGGGACACGGCCGGGCUCGUUCCCGACUGUCAGGUGUUGCAAGGAGGGAGCUCGAGAUGGGGGGGGCCCAGCGGAGAUCCAAGAAAUCCACGCAGAGCGUCAAAAGUUUAUGUUUAUGGCAAUUUUUUCUUCGAGCCAAACGCAGUGCCCCGAUGUACUACAGGGGCUCCGCGGUGUGUCUGGUGGUCUACGACAUCACCAAUGAGGAUUUUCUCGCCGCUGCGAAGACCUGGGUGGCCGAAAUCUGCCAGGGCACCAAGGCAGCCGUGUCCCUGGCGGGCAACGAGUCCGACCUGGAGGCGAGGAGGUGCGUCAGCUCUACCGCGCGACAGUUCUCCGAGGCGCAGGUGCUUGCCCACUCCGAGUUGUCCGCGAGGACGGGACAACGUCGUCGCCCUGUUCGAGGAGGCGGCCCGACGACUGCCCCAGGCGCUGACGCCGCCGGCCGCGGGAGGAUUCGGGCUGCCGGCGCCGCGGGAGGCGCCUCCAGCGGGCGCGUGCUCCUCCUGCUGAGGCGCCCGGCCGCGCGACGCGCGCCGCCCGCGGCGAGCCCCUGCGGCGCCCGCGGCGGGCUGCGCCAGGGCGGGGGGGGCGAUGCGGAGCGCGCGGAUGCGCUGUGAAAGGGAUUGAGACGGCUGGUCCCAGCAGUUGGCCCGUUUUUUUUGUUCCCCUCCUCUUCUUCUUCUUCUUCUUCUUCUUCUUCUCCCGCGUAGCGACCGCGGCC